UCCCAUUGCACUAUACGUGCGAUACCUACAAGUUACUGAGUGUUGGAGUGCACUUGAUACUGUGACGCAGAUGAAGAAGGUGGUCAAGUCCUCGAAGCAGGAGUUCCAGGCGGCGAAUGAAGGCGCUGCGGGGCCCGCGGGCUCGGCGCGAGCGUUCCUCAAGGCCCGCACUAGCAAGAUGGAGCUGGAGAACAGCGUGGGUACAGUCAAGGUGACCAAGUCCGACGACGCCAGCAAGAGCGGCGGCUACUACUGCGAGGUCUGCGAGUGCGGGCUCAAGGACUCGGUGGCAUACCUCGACCACAUCAACGGCAAAAAGCGUACGUGGGCUGGCUGCUUGCUCUUCCUGUCUGGAAGGGAUAUUUAUAUUGUUUUCUGUGUCUCUAGAUCUUCGCAAGCUGGGCUUCAGCAUGCGCGUGGAGCGGUCGACGGUGGAUCAAGUCAAGAACAGACUGCAGAGCGCGUCGAAGCGCAAGUGGGACCCUCUCAUGACCAAGAAGCUGGACGCCAUGGAAGGUCGGUCUUUAGCUGUGGGUGAGGUGCUAGGGGCAACUCACACUAACGAGGUAUUGUAUUGCACAUUGCUGCUGACAGACUACGAGAAGAAGCUGAAAGCUGCUGAGGAGGAGGAGGCCCGCGCCAAGAGACAGAAGAAGGAGCAGAAGAAAGCCAAAAAGCUCGGCACGUCGGCGUCAGAUGAGCAAAAUACUGACAAGAAAGGUGAACACGCUGGAGACAAGAAACCCGAUGCUGCAGACGAAGAAGUUCCCGACGCCGAUGCUGAAAUGAUGGCCAUGAUGGGCUUCGGCGGCUUUGGCGGCUCCAAGAAGUCCUAGACAAAAGUUAAGCAAUUACUGGCCCAAACCAAAGCAAUUAUUGUAUUCUGUCGGGGCCCUCGGAAUAGUGCCCUUCACUUCAAGUGUCCCACACAAAAAUCCACAGAUCCUUCGUAUACUCAGCUCAAGUGAAUCUUUGUUUAACGGAUCAUCCAUCACCAACGUGGGGCGAGGAGCUCACUUCCAAAGACUCGAGCCAAAAGCCAUGCGUGCCCUGCAGAUCGUCCGUCGCGUCGCCGCCUCGCGCGCGCUGUCCGCGUCCGCCCGCCGCCUGGCGCCGCGCGCUGCCGCCCCCUUCCUCUCCUCGGCCCUCGUGCCCAGCAGCUGCGCGCCCAUCCGCACGUUCGCCACGGGCGACGACUUCUUCGUCGAGGACGACGAGGACGACUCGUACGUGCAGUACCCGCCCGUGGGCGCGCGCGUGCAGCACCAGGCGCCGCAGUUCACGGCCCAGGCCGUGCUGGACGGCGACAUCACGGACAUCUCGCUGGACACGUACCGCGGCCAGUACGUGGUGCUCUUCUUCUACCCCAAGGACUUCACGUACGUGUGCCCCACCGAGAUCAUCGCGUUCAACGACCGCGCGGACGAGUUCAAGGCGCUCAACACGCAGCUCAUCGCCGUGUCGUGCGACUCGCCCGAGAGCCACCUGGCCUGGACGCGCCUGCCGCGCAACAAGGGCGGCCUGGGCAAGAUGGACAUCCCCAUCGUCUCGGACAUCACCAAGGUCAUCAGCGCCAAGUACGGCGUGCUCGUGGAGGAGGCCGGCGUGGCCCUCCGCGGCCUCUUCAUCAUGGACAAGGAGGGAGUGCUCCAGCAGAUCACCAUCAACAACAUGCCCAUCGGCCGCAGCGUGGACGAGACCCUGCGUCUGAUCAAGGCCCUGCAGUUCGUGGAGGAGCACGGCGAGGUGUGCCCCGCCAACUGGCAGCCCGGUGAUAAGACCAUCAAGGCCACGCCCAAGGACAGCUACGAGUACUUCUCCACGGUCAAGGAGGAGGCCGACGACGACGACGUGGUGGCCCUCACACUGGUCAAGAACAAGGCCCAGUUCGACGCCCUCGUCAAGAGCGGCAAGCCCAUGGUGGCCGACUUCAUGGCCCCGUGGUGCGGCAAGUGCUCGCAGAUCCUGCCGUUCGUGGAGGACCUGGCCGAGGCCCACCCGGACGUGACGUUCGCCAAGCUGGACGUGUCCAUCCCGGAGAUCGAGCAGCUCAAGGACGAGCUCGAGGUCGGCGCGUACCCGGAGUUCCGCUUUUUCAAGGGCGGCAAGGAGGUCCACGAGAAGGUCUCGGGCUACAAGAAGUCCCUGCUCAAGAAGGCCGUGCAGGAGCUGCUCUAAUUUACUGUCCCCACGCCGUAAUGCACGGCUGGCUAUGAUGCAUGCGCUCACUCUUUAAUGAGUGGCGCGAGCACUUCCAGUUUUCAGCACCAACUUUUCAAUGACAAGCCAGCAACAUGUGACGCCCAAUGUCUCGUGCCAUCUUACUGUGCAUUCACACAUAUCCAUUGAAUGGUUGGCUUAGCUAGGCAUUGUCGGCUUCGUAUCGCGCGCGAGCCAACCUCUGUCGACGUUCUUUGUCGGAGGUGGCGUCCGACAGAUCCACGGAAGCAGAAAGCGGCGCCUUGGAACCGAGUCCAGCCGUAUCACUCCGUCCACCUUGUCCAGCUGCCUUGAUCGGAGCUGUGAUGCCUGUACCAUGCUUGCCGAGGCCCUCUCCGCUCUUCCAUCCCAUCAUCUUGAGCAUUUUACCGCCGAUACCAAAUUCCAGCGAGCUGGCAGUAGGCUCCGGGUUUGAGUUGGUAACCGGCGCAGGACCAGUAGCGUUCCACUGGUUAAAUCCAGGUGCUGUGUUGGCUGGCACGCGCUCUUCUUGCCGCUGCCUCUUGGCGUCUCGUCCCAUCUCCUUCUCGUGCUCGCGGUACUGGGCCGCGAUGUGCUGCUUAUUCUCUUUUGCCUUGGCCAAGUUGGCCAGGUGCAGCUUCGACAGCUUCUCGUGCUUGUGAAGCAUCUCCAUGGACCCGAACUUUCGCCGGCAUAGCUAGACCACCACAGACAUAGGCUCACACUGUUAGCCAAUGAACACAAAUCGGUCUCUCUGCAGGUCUUACCAGGCAAAUCGGGACUUCCUGCGGGACACUCGUCAACGCAUCAAUCACCGAGUCAGCAGCGUUGGACGGAGCACUGGUCACCGUCUUCUGCUGCGAUGGAGCACUCGUGGUAGCUGUGUCAUUAACAUGACGAGGCUGACCGGGCACUGCGCAGGAACCUUCAGCUUUGGCUUCGCGUUGUCGCUGCGACCACUUGGCAAUGUCGUCUGCACUCUUGCGCUUUAUUCCCACGCUCGUCACACUGACAGCAGGUGCACUAACGGCAGCGCUGGCUGUCUUAACUUGGUUCUUCUUCUCGAAGGCGGAGGCCGCGGGAGCAAACGCAGUGGUCUUGAUGUCAAACGAGAUUCCGGGUGCCUUCUUCUUGUCUUUCUUCAGUGACAGACUUAGUGCAGGCUUGUUAGCAGUCGACGCCUUCUCCGUCUGUACUUGAUACGCAGUGGCAUCAACAGGAACAGGUGGCACGAACACUCGAAACGCCGCAGCACCGCUAUCUGUAGGCCUCACGCACUGGUAGUACACGCCAGUGAACGAGUUGUGGUAUACCUUUGUUUGCGCGUCGUAGUAGAACAUGCUGUCAGGAUCCCAGUAGAGGCCAUACUCGCUGGCAUAAACGUAGCUGCCGCCUGCCGUCUCAAACGGUAGUGGCCACAUUUUCUUGGGCUCUUCGAAGUGGGGCAUUACUUCUGCAGCGGCACUAUCCAGAAGUACGCUCACAUCAGCCGCAACAAGAUUCUGCUGGUGGUCACAAUUGGCAGAAUCGCACCCAUGCAUUUGCGUGGCAGGAAGGGUGACAUUCUUGAGCAUUAGAUACGUUUUUGCACUCGUGGUGAUGAUCCAGUUCAGCAAACAAAAAUGCAACAUGCGUUCACCUGAUCAGUUUUCGCCGCAUCAGCUGCGCGUCCUUGUGAGAGUGACCACUGUGCUUGUUCCAACGCUGUCACUGCCAUCGAGCUUCCUCCACGGGGUGCACCUUGGAACGAAUCCGGAGGAUAGUGUGACCUAGUGGAGAGAGUAUCGCGCGCAUACGACACCUCUACGUGAGUAUUCUGAACAACCAAGUCGCCACAUUUUUUCAAAGCUUCUGUCGCUGCCUACACAUAACAGCAGAGUAAAACAAUACACACAAUCAACACAGACAUUAGCCACGCCGUGUUAGAUACCGGUAUGCCCACACUAACAAGAAAAACAAGUGAGUCGUACUUCGAUAUCGCGGAACUCGACAAAGCCAAAACCCCGAGACAGAUUUGUCGCUCGAUCUCGAAUCAGUCGGAUAUCUUGCACGCCGUCAAACUCUGCGAAGACCACUUGCAGCUGCAGAUAAAGAUAAUGUAACAACGUUAGUGCACCAUCAGCACAAAACAAGCUUCCAAUAGUAGCCUCAAAACAUACCUCUCCUUCUUCAAUGUCGAGAGGAAGCAGCCGCACCAUUAGCACUUGAGACGGCGGAACACUUCGAGCACUCUCAUCACGUCUCUGAGCAUUCUUGAACUGGUCAUUAUGUGCAGAAUAGGAUGGAGCUCUAGCAGAGUCUCCAUAAUGCGAGUCGCUGUGACUGCGUAUUUGCUCCGCCCGAAAGGCUGCCGUCACAGGCACUUCCUUCAUCUGAGCGGUUCUGGGCGCGUUGCACUGGAAACAGCUUGUUCGACGCGCGAAAUUGGUCACAUUGCACUGCAGCGACAGCAUCAAACUCUACAGUCAGCCCCUGCCCUCCUACGCACCAGCAACUCAAAAUCCCACCUCAUCGCAAAUCCAAUCCGGUCGUGGUUGCCACCGUUCUCCCGG